AUGGAUUACAGGACGGACUGUAAUGUUUCGAAGAUGUGUAUGUUCAAGCCACGCGGCUGCAAUCCCAAUUUGGAUUGCACAUUGGGAGUGGUUCUCGAGACGAUCGGGCCGAAUAAACUGAAGGUUCAAAUGGUUGCACAGACGAUCAUUCCUCCUGUUCAACAACAAUAUGUGGCCAUCGCAUUCUCACAUGAUACAAUUAUGGGAGACGAUAGUGUGACGGAAUGUGUUCUCAGUGAUAUGGGACAAUUGGUCGGAUAUGAGCCGGAAGUUUUCCUUUCGUACAACAAAGGGAAAUCGAAUGAUCGAGUGUUUAUGAAUGAUGAUGAGCAUGCGAUUGUGUUCACGGAUCUUCGCGGUGAAGUCGUCGACGGUCGAGUCGCUUGCGAGUUUGUCGAGCAAAUCGUGCCGCAAAUCGACAACAAAAAUGGAUUGAUUUGGAAUCUCAAUAAGGAUUAUUAUUUGAUGGCGGCGACCGGAAGUGCCCAACCGGAUGAGGUCAAUGCACAUGAGAUGAACCACGAAUCGCACUUCUUCCCGAUGACCUCAACCUCGCAAUUCAACCCAUCAACAUUUGCUAACAACUUUACUCAUCCAGCCAAUUUUGUGCCAAAAAUCGACAUUUCGAAUCGCGCUGAGAAGCGUCCACUUCGUCCAACCACUCCGCCAACAGCAACGGUUGUUGGCACACACUCGGUUUCGAUUGACCAUACUAGCGAACUUGCGCGAUUCCGAUCGAACGACAUGGCGAGUCAGGUCGGCGCGAUCACCUCGGUCAACGCCCUGAUUUCCAGGGUUUUUGUGCAGCCGAAGGGUGACCUGACGGAUCGCCUCAAUUCCCGCAUAACGGUAUGCAUUCUGGCGGUGUCGUCGGUGUUGAUGAUGUCGACGCACUUCUUCGGCGAUCCGAUCACUUGCUGGACACCGGCGCAAUUCACCAAACAAUGGGUCGAUUUUGUGAAUCAGUAUUGCUAUGUGCACGGCACUUAUUUCGCGCCGUUCACCGAACAAUUAUCGUUUGAAGACGAUGAGAGAAAGAAGGCCACCAUUCAAUACUACCAAUGGGUUCCAUACAUUCUCGCCGUGCAGGCCGUCUUUUUCUAUUUGCCGCGAUUCAUGUGGAAGUCGAUGAUCGCCUACAGCGGCUAUGAUCUGGCUGGAGCGGUGAAGUACGUCGAUCGAUUCUGGAAUUCGAUUAGAGAUCAGGAUGCCGCGUUCAAAACGCGUCUUGCUCGUUUCGAAGGCCAAGCGGCGGUCUACAUUUGGGAAGGCUUGCGUCUUGCGAGAAUGAAGCGAAGCCGUGAUAUGGCCUUGUUCUACACACUGGCGACCGUCAUUCAAUUCAUCAACGCCUGGAUUCAAUUCUACAUCAUCAACUCGCUCUUGGACUCUCCCACCUACACCUUCUGGGGCCCUGGACUCUUGUCGGACAUUCUCCAAGGAAACGACUGGCAGACAACCGGACAUUUUCCACGAGUGGUUCACUGCGAUUUCAACCGGCGACGAACCGCCAGCGUCCAAUUGGACACCGUCCUUUGUGUGCUCACUUACAAUAUCUACUACGAGAAGCUUUUGCUGUUCCUUUGGUUCUGGUUCGCCGUCGUCGCCAUCUGGUCGACAAUCAACUCGAUGGCCUGGAUUUAUCGGCUUUGCUCAACAGUGAAGACCCAAAAAAUGAUUGAGAAUUAUUUGGGAACCGCUCCGGUCAAAGCUCCGGUGUCGGACGAGGUGUUCUUCCGCGCCCUCGGAACUGACGGAAUGUUCGUUAUGCAGCAGAUGGCGCUGAAUCUAGGAGAUAUUCCAGCAAGUUAUUUGACAAUUGCGAUGCGCAACAUUUGCCCGAGCUACCUCGAUACCGACGACGAUUAUGAUGAGAACACACCGCUCACGAUUGUCAAGACUGUCCGGAAUACAUAA